AUUAGCGCUACAGGGGGAGGCAGGAAGCCGCGCGCGUGCCCGUUUGUGGCCGAAAUCGCAGCGCGGGUGGGUAGACCGUAGAAGACUGCAGGGCCGGCCAGCCGAGCAGAGCUGCCGAAGCCACCACCCACCCAUGGCCCCCGUCCCCGUGUCGGUGUCGGCCACCCUCGCGCCGCCGCCGGCGGCGCCGCCAAAGGCAACAUCCAGGAGCUGGGAACGGCGUGCGCCGGCUGACGCCGCGUUCGCGGCCGCCUCUUCCGUCGCCAUCUCGGCCGCGUUGCUGACACUGACGCCGGCCGCGCCCGCCGCGGCCUUGUCCAAGGAGGACGUCGCCGGCUCGCUUACCAAGGCCGUGGACACGGUGAGCCAGGCCAUCGACGUCGGCGGCAAGGCCGCUGAGCAGGUGGCGGCCGUGCUCAAGGCGUUGGGCGAGGCCGUCAAGCCGGCGCUUCCGGUCCUGAAGAGCGCCAGCGACGAGGCCCUCAAGCUGGCCGCGCCCGUGGUGUCCGCCGCCUCCAAGCAGGCCACGGAGGCACUCCAGGGCGCCGGCGUCGACCCCGCCCCCGUUCUGUCCGUCGCCAAGACCGCAGCGGAGCAGAGCACGAAGGUGAUCGACGCCGCGAAGCCCGUGGCCUCGGCGGCCGUGGAGACCAUCACGUCGCUGGGCCCCGAGGACUACGUCGUGGCCGCCGGAGCGGCGUUUCUCGCGUACCUCCUCGUGCCGCCGGUCUGGUCGCUGGUCUCGUCCAGCCUCCGCGGUUACAAAGGCGACCUGACCCCGGCGCAAGCACUGGACAAGGUGACCACGCAGGGCUACGUCCUGAUCGACGUGCGGAGCGACAAGGACAAGGCCAAGGCAGGAUUGCCGCAGCUGCCAUCGAACGCGAAGAACAAGCUCGUCUCUGUGCCGCUGGAAGACCUUCCGAGCAAGCUGAAGGGCAUGGUGCGCAACGCGAAGAAAGCCGAGGCGGAGAUCGCCGCUCUGAAGAUAUCCUACCUCAAGAAGAUCGGAAAGGGCUCCAACGUCAUCAUCAUGGACUCGUACAGCGACGUCGCCAAGACUGUGGCGAAGACGCUGGACAGCGUGGGGUUCAAGAACUGCUGGGUCAUGGCCGGCGGCUUCUCUGGCCGGAAAGGGUGGGCGCAGAGCCGUCUCGGAACGGAUUCCUACAACCUAUCCGUGGUCGAAGUCGUCACGCCGUCACGUGUGAUCCCUGCUGUCGCAGGCCGCCGCACUGGGACGACCGCUGCACGCAUUGGGACGGCCUCGUCGGCGUCCAGAGCGACUACUCGCAAGCUUCUUCCCGGCGGCGUAGACUGAUGAUGAGUGGAGCUGAAACUGAAACAACUCCCAAGUGUAAAUCCAUAUGUUUCUUUUAUUUUCAGAUGCAACUUUUGGUCUGUGCGUUCAUUUUUUUUCUUUUGCAGUAAUAACACAAUUUUGUGUCCG